AUGGCGCUGCGCUCAAUGCGGAAGACGCGUGGGUGCUGGGGCUUCAUCCGGGCACUUCAUAAAGCACCCGAAGCUGCUCCUGCCCCCCAGAAAGAUGCCUUGAGGCGAGUAUUCUCUGGCAUUCAGCCCACAGGGACCCCCCACCUGGGCAACUACCUGGGAGCCAUUGAGAGCUGGGUGAGCUUACAGAGCGAGCCCGGCUCCGUGCUGUACAGCAUCGUUGACCUGCACUCCAUCACUGUCCCCCAAGACCCAGCGGUCCUGCGCCAGAGCAUCUUGGACAUGACGGCGGCUCUCCUGGCCUGCGGCAUAGACCCAGAGAGGAGCAUUCUUUUCCGGCAAUCUCAGGUGGCUGAACACACACAAUUAAGUUGGAUCCUUACCUGUAUGGUCAGACUACCCCGAUUACAACAUUUACACCAGUGGAAGGCAAAGAGUGCCCAGCAGAAGCACGAUGGAACUGUGGGCCUGCUCACAUACCCGGUGCUCCAAGCAGCUGAUGUCCUGCUGUACAAGUCCACACACGUUCCUGUCGGGGAGGAUCAAGUCCAGCACAUGGAGCUAGUGCAGGAUCUAGCACGAGGGUUUAACAAGAAGUAUGGGGAGUUCUUCCCGGUGCCCAAGUCCAUUCUAACAUCGAUGAAGAAGGUAAAAUCUCUCCGUGAUCCUUCUGCCAAAAUGUCGAAAUCAGACCCGGACAGACUGGCCACCGUCAGGAUAACAGACAGCCCGGAGGAGAUUGUGCAGAAGUUCCGCAAGGCGGUGACGGACUUCACCUCGGAGGUCACGUACGACCCGGCCCGCCGUGAGGGCGUCUCCAACCUGGUGGCCAUCCACUCGGCAGUGACGGGCCUUCCUGUGGAGGAAGUGGUCCGCCAGAGUGCCGGCCUGGACACGGCCCGCUACAAACUGCUGGUGGCAGAUGCUGUGAUUGAGAAAUUCGCUCCAAUUAAGAGUGAAAUUGAAAAGCUGAAGAUGGACAAGGACCACUUAGAGAAGGUUUUAGAAGCGGGGUCAGCCAGAGCCAAGGAAUUAGCAUAUCCCGUGUGCCAGGAGGUGAAGAAGCUGGUGGGCUUUCUGUAG